AUGGAUGCCGGUGAGGACGAAGACUUGAAACUCCAGCGGCAAUCCAGUGAUUUAGUAUCAGAAUUCUCAGCCAAUUUACCAUUGUUAUUGUGGAGGUCGCAAAAUGGAACCCCUCUCCGUGCCCCACGUAAAUGGGCUCAAGUGUCCAAAACCGAGAAGCUUGUUACUCUUCUUGAACCCUUUCAAGAAUGGCCCCAGCUUCUAGAUCCGCAUCUGCAGAAGAUUUUGCCUAUUUUGGUGGAUGCGUUCCUGGCAUAUCUGACCCAGCAUCGGGGCCAGUAUGGAUCGAAUGUGGCGAAAACUAGCCAAAAUACUGCAUUAUAUCCACUUCCAAGGGCUAUCUGCAGGCUACUCUAUACCUUCUGCAAGAUACGAGGUGUCAAAGUCAUUAGCCGCUUCUUGAACAAUGAGCCAAAAUACCUUGAUUCUAUGCUCCGAGCUUUUAUUGAAUGGGACACAAUCAACCCGGCAGACCCCACAGAAUAUCUAUCGGGGCAUGUAACGCAGAGCUUACUGUGGGAAGAGCGUUACGUGAUGUUAGUCUGGCUCUCACACCUGCUUCUAGCCCCAUUCGACCUGUCCUCGCUUUCAUCUGGCGACAUUCCAGUCCCGUAUAAUAAUCUGGGCAAAUUGGGUGCGAUUCCCGAACAGACCCCUGGAGUGGCGAAAUCUCUUCUUUCGUUGGGGCUACACUAUAUCGCUGUCUCAGGGAAAGAGCGGGAAGCGGCCAACGCUCUACUGGCCCGACUCGCUCUACGAGGAGACAUGCAAGCUCUUGGACUCCUCAAUAGCUUGACAAACUGGGCUUUUACUAACUUGAAGCCCAUUGAAAAAUCCGAGGAACCUAGUCUCUAUGCUUGUAUUGGCAUCCUCUCUUUCAUUGCACGCUUGGCUGGAUCUGGCCAACUGGACGAUCUCGCACCGCUGCUAAGAAGUAUCUUUGAUCAAACUAUUCGUGUUACCCAAGGAACGUCUGGAGUAUCUGCAACUAUCUACUCGUCUGCAAUAGCCAGAAAGAUUGUCGUCAAAAUUCUUCGCAAUGUCACAGUCAUGGCGCUAUCUUUGAGUGAUAGAGGAAAUAACAGUAUCACGGAUGACCAGCUUUCUACUAUCCUAGAGGAUGCCAUUGAUCAUCUUCUGGUUUCUUUAGCGGACAAAGAGACGCCUGUGAGAUUCGCUGCAAGCAAGGCAUUGAGCAUUAUUACCCUGAGGCUAGAACCAGACAUGGGCACCGAGGUGAUCGAAGCGGUCAUUGGGUCCUUGGGGGAGAACAUACUGUUUGAAAAAGACGAUGGUACUCUAUUGACACCUCUCGAGGCGCGAAAUUUUGGUUAUCAAACACUCAAGCGCAACUUGAGUGCCGUUGAUGCCCAAAGAUGGCAAGGUCUAAUGCUAACACUAUCCCACCUACUAUUUCGCCGAGCACCGCCGACGGAGCAACUUCCAGAUAUUCUGCAGUCUCUUGUUUCAGGUCUUGCUUUCGAGCAAAGGUCAUCAACAGGUACUUCAGUUGGAACCGGUGUCAGGGAUGCCGCCUGCUUCGGUAUUUGGGCACUUUCCCGGAAAUAUACAACCAGUGAACUCCAGGCCUUGCAGCAGCAGACAAUUGUUCAGAUUACCGGCACUGCACAAAUUGGGGUUCUGCAAAAAUUAGCCGUCGAGCUCGUUUGCUCUGCUUGUGUUGAUCCCUCUGGAAAUAUUCGCCGGGGUGCCUCAGCUGCCUUGCAAGAAUUGAUUGGUCGUCAUCCAAAUACCAUCGCUGAAGGAAUUUCCCUCGUACAGGUUGUUGACUACCAUGCUGUUGCACUUCGUUCCCGCGCGAUGACAGACGUGGCCAAGUCCACUGCCGCUCUUGAUUCUACCUAUUGGAGUCCACUCGUGGAGGCUCUGAUGUACUGGCGGGGAAUUGGAUCUCAAGAUGUCGCAUCAAGAAGGCAGGCCGCUAACGCAAUAGGCAUAUUGAGCGUACAGGAAAGCUUCAAGACCAUAAAAGUGGUAUUGGAAAGGCUGUUGCGCAAGCUCCCUCGUAUCCCGCGAAAUGAUGUUGAAUCGCGCCAUGGAUGUUUUAUGGCUAUUUCUGCCACUGUUAAUACCUACACAAACGAGUUUAGAGUCACACGAGAGAGCCGAGAAACUUCCGAAGGAAAAGAAGUCUCUUCAAUGGUAACCAGGCUAUGGGAUAUUUUGGGUUCUCCAUCAGGUCCAACAGAUCGCGAUCUGACUCUACAAAACUCCCGCCCUGAGCUGACAGCAGAGGCAUCGGCUUGUUUAAUAUCGUCACUUGCUCGAUCCAUUACCUUGACGCAGCUUGAACCUCCAUCUGAGACAUUGCUUGAUCGCAUUCUCCGAAUUCUUUCACUCUGCGUGUCUCGAGGUGACAAUAUAUCCAUUGAAACUUCGUCGACAGCGCUGUCUACAGUAUUCCCACUUCUCUCUCUAUCAAAACAAAAAGAAACGGUACAGGCGUGGAUUUCUCAUCUGCGUACUUCGUCAAAACUUCCGAGUGGUCGUGGUCAUAUUUUAGCCCUUGGGGCUGUAUUCAAACAGCUUGAGGGGCGAGAAGAUAUGCAAGAGGGCAUUAUAGCUGAGUUACUUCGUUGUUCAGAAAAAGAUGAACUUAUUGAAAAGCGAGUAUCUGCUGUGAGAUGCUUGUCCACGAGCGUAUUGCCGUAUACAGCUGUCACGAGCACAAUCUCACAUAGCUUGCUUGGUUUUCUCAAAGAUUACACCACAGAUAGGCGAGGCGACAUCGGAUCUCACAUUCGAAUCGAAGCAAUCAAGGCGGCAGAAAUUCUUUUGAAUGCUGACUCUAAAUCAACGUUAAACGCCUCAACAACCCGAAAUUUGGUUGCUUGUCUUUGUCGACUUGCUGCUGAGAAGCUGGACAAAGUUAGACUGCAGGCAUGGCUUUGUCUCCAGAGCUACUGGGAAUCUGGGCCGAAUGAUUUUCCUUCAAUGCAAAGUCAAUUCCAACAUUUCAGCCAUGUCUCGUCACAGGAAUAUUUCGCCCAAAUUCUCACUCUUUAUUCCAUUGAAUGGCUACGGAGGCCAUUACUCAAAGGCUUUUCCACUUCAGCAAUUGCGGGUACAGAUGGUCUCAUCCGUGCCUCUCGGUCCGCUCUGAUUCAGUUUCUCAAUGCCCAUGAAGCCAGCGAACGCCACGCAGUCCUAGUCAUCAUGUUGCAGGAUUUGUCUGCAAUAAUGGAAGAAGAUCUUCAAGAUGAUCGCUUUGUUAUUCCCAUAAUCGAUCUCCUUGCGUUUUUGAUAGAUAGCUACGCAGUCUCCUGCCCGGACGGACAAGAUGCCAUCUUUAAAGCAGUCUUCAAAUUGGUUCAGAAGGCCCACUUCCGAUCUUCUAAUAUUCCUCGUUUGGAAGCCGCUGUCAAAGUUUAUGCAGCAUUAUCGAAACUGGAAUCUGUCAGAGAAGAUACUCUGAAGAAGCUUACUUCGUUGCUGCUGCAUUCGUUCCCAAGGGUUCGAGCGACGGCCGCCGACUAUCUUUUUGUCAUAACCGACUUAGAUGAUAUCAAAUAUGAGGACUGGUCGGCACAACCAAAGCAAUUAAAGGAAAAGAUGGAAGAACUGCGAGCUGCCAGAGCUCCAACUGUCGCAACCAUGGCGACCGCGGGCAUAUCUGCAGGCGGCCUUCCGCCAAACCAUACGGUCUAUGUCCGGAAUUUGGAGGAGCGCAUCAAGGUUGAACAGCUCAAGGUGGCUCUUGAGGAGAUCUUCUCAGAAUUCGGAAAUGUGGUCGAGAUAGUUGCGAAGACCAAUUUGAAAGCGAAGGGCCAGGCUUUUAUUGUCUACGAUAGCGUUGAAGCCGCAACCCGCGCCAUUGAAGAAGUGAACGGGUUUGAUCUUUUUGACAAACCAAUGGUGUUGGACUAUGCAAAGACCAGAAGCGAUGCGACAGUUCUUCGUGAGAGUGGAAAUGACGAGCUAGAGGCUCAUAAACGGAGGCGGUUAGCGGAGAAGGAGCGCAAACAAGCUCACGAUGCCCUCGAGGCCCAGAAGAAACUCAAGCGCCCCGCUGCUCCGGCCGAUACUGCGCGCCCGGCUAAGACUACCAAGGGCGCCGGUCUUAAGCCUACCUCUGGUACUACUGCUGCCGUUGUGCCAGACGAGUAUCUCCCGCCCAACAAGAUUCUUUUCUUGCGGGAUCUGCCCGAUGACGCGACGCAAGAAGGUCUGUCGGCAGUCUUUAGUCGGUUCGAAGGAUUCCAGGAAGUCAGAUUGGUUCCGGGUCGCAAGGGGAUUGCCUUCGUCGAGUACGAGAGCGAGUCCGGUGCGAUCAGCGCGAAAGAGGCAACCUCUGGUAUGGCGAUGGGCGAGCAGAACAAGCCGAUUCGCGUUACGUAUCAAAGACAGUAG